UUUUAUCCGCCCCCCCACCUUUUUUUUUUUUUUACCCCCCCCCUCCCGUAGUCUUAUUAAUUUCUCUGUGGGGCUGCAGCUGGAGACCGCGGAGCGUUGGAAAUGACGCUCGGAGCUUUAAUUACCGCAGCCGCCGGACAAGUGUGAGGAAAGCUGACAGGAAAAAGGACAGGAUCGGGGGAGAAGCGAGAAGCUACCCCCCCUUCCCCUCCCAAUUUGGACUGGAGGUGCAAGGAAACUGAAAAGGGAGCCGAACAUAGCCCGGCUGGGGGGGGGGGGAGCCGGAAACCUACCGCCUCUUUGCAAUCAACUUUUUUUGGAAACCUUUUUCCCCCUUCCUUUUUAUUGUUGACCAACCAGUGAGAGAAAGUCAGGAGGGAGCGAGAAAGCGAAGGCUCAUACAGGGAAAUAGCUGCACAGUCCGGCCCGGAGCACCACGCGCACACACUCGAGCACACUCCCACACAAGCGCGCACCCUCACCCCCUGCUCCGGUCCCCGGCCCUGGACCCGCCGGCGCGGACUCGGGCGCCGGUGCUCGGAGCCGGUGCACCGCGCACGUCGCGCGCCAGUCCCCCUCGCGCCCCGAAGCGCGCCUGGCCGAGGGAUCUCCUCCGCGUGCCCGAAAGGGGAUAUGCCAUUUGGACAUGUAAUGGUCAGCAAGGGAUCUGAGACUUCCACAAAAUGAAGCUGGCGACAGGACUGUGGGUCUGGGUGAGCCUUCUCCUGGCGGCGGGGACCGUCCAGCCCAAUGCUUCUCAGUCAGUGUGUGCAGGAACAGAGAACAAGCUGAGCUCUCUCUCUGACCUGGAGCAGCAGUAUCGAGCCUUGCGCAAAUACUAUGAGAACUGUGAGGUGGUCAUGGGCAACCUGGAGAUAACCAGCAUCGAGCACAACCGGGACCUCUCCUUUCUGCGGUCUAUUCGAGAAGUUACAGGCUACGUGUUAGUGGCUCUUAAUCAGUUUCGCUACCUGCCUCUGGAGAAUUUACGCAUUAUCCGUGGAACAAAACUUUAUGAGGAUCGAUAUGCCUUGGCAGUAUUUUUAAACUACAGAAAAGAUGGGAACUUUGGACUUCAAGAACUUGGACUAAAGAACUUGACAGGUAAGGAAAAUAUACAAAAUUUCAAAUAUGCUUUCAUUAUCAAUAUAAUGCAAUAGGCAUGCACAUAUGUGUGUAUGGUUACUGUAGUAUGUGUUAUAUUCAGGAACACUAUAAAGGACUUAAAUAUCUACUACUUACUCAUUUUAUGGGAAAUAAUGCCUUGUGAUGCCCUUGCUUUUAUUUAUAGGUAUUGUAAGUGCAGUCUGAAGGAUACCAUAAUACUGUAUCUCAGCUGAACAGAAGUACAUACUAAGGAAAUGCUCAGUGACUGAAAACUGAGAUAGGAAGCAGGUUUAAGAAUGCUAUGUUUGGUGGUCUCAGGUGAACAGUGGACCAUAUCAUCAAAUCUCUGUAAUAAAUAACACCAUAACCCUCACUCUCGUUGGAGCUCAGUAAAUAUACAGCCUUUAUAUCUAUCUCCACUCUUCUAGUUUUUUUGCACAAUCCCUUAUUUUUGGAAAACAUAGCUAAUUUAUUAAUUUAAUUUUGACUUAUUCAGUAAUUCACUAAAUGCCAUUAGAAAUUGUUUCUUAGAAUGCUUAAAUUUCAUCAGUGAUUUACCCCCAGCCCAAGACAGGAAAAAGGUAAUUGUUAACAACCUAAAAUUAUCAUCCUGCUCCAAAAAACAAACAAAACAAAACAGAAAAAACACUUUGUAGGAAUUUAUUUUGUAAGCUGGUUCUCACAAUCCUGCAGAUAUCUUUUCAGUCUAUGUAGUUCAUAGUUCACAAAGGCUAUGGUAGGAUGUUUGGAACAAGGUUUCUAAUCAUGAAUUUUGCUAUUCGUGCCUAUAAACAAGUAGUGCUAAUUAGUAACUAUCAUUUCAUAGUGGGAUAAAGGAGUUUAAACUAUGAAUUUAACCUAAACUAAUAUCAUAUAUAUUUUUCAUCAAAAUAUGUAAUGAUUUUAUGUGUUUUUGAGGCCACUCAGUGGUAAUGUUUCUUGAUAUUAAGAUAUUUAAAUUAAAAUUGCCUUCAAAUACUAAAUAAAAAUAAGAUUGAUAUUUUCAGGUUACUAAAAUUAUUUGUUUUGUUCAUUGACAGUGGUUAUAAAUAUAUAAUUUUAAGUUAGAAAUAGCUUCAUAGUUGGCCAAACAUGUGAACUAAAUUUGGAUAUUUUGGAUGAAGAAAGGAAGACUGAUUAUGUAACUUAUUUUGAUCAUGAUUGCUAUAGAAUUGAUGACAUAAUGGUAAAUGCAAAUUAUUCAGAAUUUAUAGAAUCCUUCAUUAACAUUUUACUUUUUUAUUCUUUCCUUUCAAAUAUAGUUUUCUUACUGAAGAGCAGAGUUUUUGGCUAAAUUGCUACUUGCAUGGAAAUAAUGAUAGGAAGAAGAAUUUUAGAAAUGCAAUGGAUAGAGAAAAAAUGAUUAAAGUAGGAAUCUAAAAAUAAUAUGAUCUGGUUAAAACUUUCAUAGGAAGAAUUAUAGUUUAUUAAAUGAUUUUUCCUCUAUUUACAUUAAAGAAAAAAAUGAAAAUAUUUUAAACAUUUUAUAGUACAUGAAUUAUGUUAUUCUAUAUAAUAUGUUCUAUUUGAACAAUCUUUGCAUACAGAAAAUCAGUCUUUAAAGAGCUUUCUCCUUGGGAAGCCUGGUUAGCUCAGUUGGUUAAGUGCCCGACUCUUGGUUUCAGCUCAAGUCAUGAUCUCAUAGUUUCUGAGUUCAAGCCCUGCGUGGGACUCUGUGCUGACAGUGCAGAGCCGGCUUGGGAUUCUCUCUCUCCCUCCCUCUCUGCCCCUCCCCCAUUCAUGCUCACUCACUCUCUCAAAAUAAAUAAACUUAAAAAGAAAUAAGGAGCUCUCCUACUUAUUAGUAAUUUAACAUUAGUACUACUAAAAUGUGUUUUAAGUUAUUCAAUCAAAAUUAUGCCACACUUAAACAUACUUUAUUUAUUAAGUGAGCUCACACUGUGAUUGCUUAUGAUUAUGACAGUUAGUUUAUGUCAUACCAAAACACAACACUGUUAUUUCAAGAACAUUAUUCCCUAUUCUGCCGGAAAGUCUUAUAAUACUUUUGGUGUGUGCAUUAGCAGAAAUGAGUAAAUAAUAAGUGGCUAAGAGAAUGAGUUGAUUGUUUAGGAAAAAAAAAAUAUAUUUGUUCAAGAGUUAUUAUUCAUUUCUUUUUGAAUAUGAAGAAAAGUUCAAUAUAAUAAAUGGUGGAAAUUUUAGACAAUUUGGAAAUAUUCCAGGCAUAUUAUAUAUUUAUUAGGUGGCUGAGAAUUACAUUUGAACAUCAGUCUAGAAUCACUGAUCUUACUGUAUGUAAUUGGGUCAAUAGUGUAACUCCAAUUUUGAAAAUCAGAAGUCACUCAGUAAGCAUGAUGCUGUUUGUGUAAGAAUAUAUGAGGAAGGAUUGAAGACACCUAACUGUUCAUAUAAACAGGAAUUGGGGAAGAAAUGUGCUCUUUAGCAGUAUCUUAAAGAGCUAAGUGUUCUAGGUAACCAGCAAACAUUGCAGUUGACUUCAGAUAAGAUUGUUUUGUGUUUUGGAAAGGUAUUUGUUUUAUCUUAUUUGUUUAUAUGCUAUACAAAGCAAGCUGACAAAAAUUAAAAACAAUUUAAGUGUUAUAUUAAGUGUAGGGCUAGAGGGCUGGCCUUAAUUUUAGGCUUAUCUUAUGUAAUAUGAAGGUAAAUAGAGAACAUGCUGAUUAGUCAGAUAUCUCAUUAUUUAAUUGCCCUACUGAAUUAAAAUUUUAUCCCAGUCUUUUUUGUUUGUUUAAACUGUUUAUUUUUGAGAAAGAAAGACAGUAGGUGAGCGGGGGAGGGGCAAAGAGAGGAGACACAGAAUCCAAAGCAGGCUUCAGGUUCUGAGCUGUCAGCACAGAGCCUGAUGCAGAGGUCAAACUCAUGAUCCUUGAAAUCAUGGCUUGAGCUGAAGUUGGACGCUUAACUGACUGAGCCACCCAUGUGCCUCUAAAAUUUUAACUCAGUUCUUAAAGCACCAACUGCUCCUCAGCAUCACCUGGGUACAAUUACAAAUGCACAUUUUUGGGCCUUACCUGAGACCUAAUGCAUCAGAAAGUCUUGUGGUGGAGCCCAUCAAUAUGUGUUUUAAGCAUCUUUUCAAUGAUUCUAAUGACCACAAAAGUUGGAGAAACACUGUUCUAAUUAAAUGUAUGUUACCAAGAGAUGGUAGUAUAAUGUCUAGUUAACCUCUUUACACUUACUUUCUAAAUAAUUUUCAUUUACUUAUCAUCCCCUAGAGAAUGGGACAGAGAACAGAUAAGUCUGUGCUUUAAUGUUAGAAAAUACUCCUUUGUUUGUGGUGAGAAUGGAAAGAACAUACUAGGAACCUGGAUGGAAACAUGGGUAUGAAAGAGCUCAGAGAGAGGAAGAUGCUGGGAAUAAAUUUUCUUCUGUAUUGCCAUUUGGCAACUUUGCAUAAUGGUAAACUGUUACAGGGACAAUAAUAAUCAUGGUGAAUUUUCUUUUUAAGCACUUUCAACAAGAUAAAUAACAAAUACU